AUGAUUUUCAUUGAAAAACUGCCCCAUCACAAACAACCCUAUGCAGCAAUAUCAAUUACUUUACUUGGAAAUAUAGAUCGUCCAGCGCCAUCGGAUGGCUACAGUGUUGCAGUCUGGUUUCAUCCAGGAGAGUUCAUCAGCGGCAGUGCAAAUGAUAUCGAUCCUUUCCAAUUAGUUUUCAAGCAAAAGAUCAUAGUAGUAACCGUGGCAUAUCGGUUAGGUAUAUUUGGAUUUUUCACUACAGUAGAUGGAGAAGCUCCUGGAAACUUUGGACUCAUGGAUCAAGCUGCAGCAUUGAGAUGGGUAAAUAGAAAUAUUGAACAAUUUGGCGGCAACAAGGAUUCAGUUUGCCUGAUCGGGCACGGUUCUGGUGCGGUGAGCGCCACAUUGCACAUGACGGCGGGUGAAUGGUCGAACGGCAUGUUCCAUCGAAUCAUUGCGAUGAGCGGAAACGCUUUAACGGAAGGAACGGUUCAGGAUCCUAAGAGGCAUUUGCGCACACUAAAUCGUGUCGCUUAUCUGUUCGGCUGCUUUAGAAGACCAACUGAUAAUCUAAUAGCAUGCUUACGAAAUGUUAAGGCUUCAACAUUAUUACAACAAACAGCCCGAGUAACAAAAUGGGGUCCAGUUUUAGAUGCUGGCUUAAGCAAUUCAACGAUAUCAUUUAUUCAAGAGGACCCCCGUGCCAUGUUCGAGCGCGGUCAGUUCACCCAAGUGCCCGUUCUUAUCGGGUUCACGGACGGAGAAGACGCCCUAUCAAUUGCUGGAAGUGAAAUAGAUCAGAACGGAAUCGACCCUGCCCAUUUUGAAUCGAUGCUAGGUGAUACUGUAUUAGCUGAAAUGCCCCCGACAGACAAUCAAUCGUGCCCAUUAGAUAAUCAGCAUAUAGUGGAUGCGGUGUCAUUUUUCUACAGUCCUCAACCACCUUCAGAAGACCCGGAAGAUCUUCGAAAACGUUACAUAGCCUUCAUGACCGAAAAACACUUCGGUGCCCCAUCAUUUCUUUUUGCUAUGUUAUGUAGCAGGCACUCUCCUACAUUCGCUUAUAGGUUUGACUUAAAACCAAGAUCGGUUGCUGUAACGUCAGGACUACCAGAAUGGCUUGGCGUUCCCCAUAGGCUCGAUUUAGCCUUUGUAUGGGGCGUCCCUUAUUGGGGACUGCUCUCAGAUGGGACGCCAUGGGAUAGCGCAGACAAAAGAGUCUCAGAUAUUGUUAUGAUAUUUUGGGCAAACUUUAUUAAAUACACUAACCCAUCGAAAGUGGGUGUUUAUAUCCGAUGGGAUAACUUUACAUCAAAAUCUCCAGGAUUUCUAGUCAUUGAUAGAAGUUUCAAUAUGAGCCAUUCGGCAACUAUGAACUAUAAGGCUUUUGAAUUCUGGAAUGAAUAUUUUCCAAAAGUGAUCGAUGUUUCUGCAAACUGCUGCAAUAUGACUGAUAUUGCUUCAACAAAUUUCGAAUUAUGUAACGCAUCAAUAUUAAGUGGAUUACUGAUUUGCAGUUUAAUAACAUUUCUAUUCAAAUAUGGUUAA